ACUCGGUUUUUCAACACGUCUCUUCCUAGAAGGACAAUCUUAGUGAAGUUUGGAAGGAAACCGGAGCGGAUUCUGGAGUUGUUUAAUUAAAGCGAAACUUAUCCUGAAACAAACAUGGCAUUGCCGAAAUGGGAGAGAAAGGCGCGGGUAUUUCUUUGCGUGUUCGGUUUGUUUUUGUCUGUUUAUGCGCUUCACGUCGAGCUGUCCCGAGAAAGUGACCCAGAUUACAGAGCGAUGUGCGACCUGGGGGAGUCUGUGAGCUGCUCCAAGGUUUUCACCUCCAGAUGGGGACGUGGUUUUGGUUUGGUCCAGUUUUUUGUUGCUGCAGAUAGCCCUCUGAACCAGCCCAACAGUGUGCUUGGCAUCAUAUUUUACACUCUGCAGAUGGGCCUGGGACUGUCUCUGACCAAAAAAGCAGCAAUGUUGUUGGUCUUCGCCUCCUGGCUGUCUGUGGCUGGCUCUCUCUACCUUGCAUCUAUUCUCGCCUUUGUUCUGGGGGAUUUCUGCAUGGUCUGCGUGUCAACAUAUAUUGUUAACUUUGCGUUGCUCUUCACCAACAUCAAACGCAGAAGAGCAAUUGAAGGAGUGAAGGAAAAGGCUGGAUAAAAUGGGAUACUUGUGAAAUUCUACACCUUUUUUAUGUGAUGGCUGAUGCCCCACUGGAUCUGAAAGCAUAUUCUCUUCCACAGUACUUCUGCAUGACUUUUUAGAGAAACAGGACUGGAUAUGCAUAAUUGAAAAUGUAUAAGAUGAUUUUGAGUACAGAAACCUGCAAGAGCUGCUGUCAUUUUUGUAUGUUCAUAUGAAUUUGUGAUGGCAAAUACACAUUUUUGCACACUAA